AUAAAGGAGUUCUCCAUUAGCCGGCUGUAUGACUUCAGUCUGACCUACGUGGAGGAUGGCUUUGUCCACUGGGGUUACUACCCUGUCUCUAAGGACUCCUCCUCAUCCUCAACCCCAGAAACCAUCUACAGGGAGGGCAAGGUAACUACACCCUGUGGGGGUGGGGGAGGUAACUACACCCUGUGGGGGUGGGGGAGGUAACUACACCCUGUGGGGGAGGUAACUACACCCUGUGGGGGUGGGGGAGGUAACUACACCCUGUGGGGGAGGUAACUACACCCUGUGGGGAGGGAGAGGUAACUACACCCUGUGGGGGAGGUAACUACACCCUGUGGGGGUGGGGGAGGAAACUACACCCUGUGGGGGUGGGGGAGGAAACUACACCCAGUGGGGGAGGUAACUACACCCUGUGGGGGAGGUAACUACACCCUGAGGGGGAGGGGGAGGUAACUACACCCUGUGGGGGUGGGGGAGGUAACUACACCCUGUGGGGGUGGGGGAGGAAACUACACCCUGUGGGGGUGGGGGAGGUAACUACACCCUGUGGGGGAGGUAACUACACCCUGUGGGGGAGGUAACUACACCCUGUGGGGGAGGUAACUACACCCUGUGGGGGAGGUAACUACACCCUGUGGGGGAGGUAACUACACCCUGUGGGGGAGGUAACUACACCCUGUGGGGGAGGUAACUACACCCUGAGGGGGAGGGGGAGGUAACUACACCCUGUGGGGGAGGGGGAGGUAACUACACCCUGUGGGGGUGGGGGAGGUAACUACACCCUGUGGGGGAGGUAACUACACCCUGUGGGGGAGGUAACUACACCCUGUGGGGGUUGGGGGGUAACUACACCCUGUGGGGGUGGGGGAGGUAACUACACCCUGUGGGGGUGGGGGAGGUAACUACACCCUGUGGGGGUGGGGGAGGUAACUACACCCUGUGGGGGUGGGGGAGGUAACUACACCCUGUGGGGGUGGGGGGAGGAAACUACACCCUGUGGGGGAGGAACCUACACCCUGUGGGGGAGGAAACUACACCCUGUGGGGGAGGUAACUACACCCUGUGGGGGAGGUAACUACACCCUGUGGGGGAGGUAACUACACCCUGUGGGGGAGGUAACUACACCCUGUGGGGGAGGUAACUACACCCUGAGGGGGAGGGGGAGGUAACUACACCCUGUGGGGGUGGGGGAGGUAACUACACCCUGUGGGGGUGGGGGAGGUAACUACACCCUGUGGGGAGGGGGAGGUAACUACACCCUGUGGGGGAGGUAACUACACCCUGUGGGGUGGGGGAGGUAACUACACCCUGUGGGGAGGGGGAGGUAACUACACCCUGUGGGGGAGGUAACUACACCCUGUGGGGGAGGUAACUACACCCUGUGGGGGGGGGGGGGUAAUUACACCCUGUGGGCGUGGGGGAGGUAACUACACCCUGUGGGGGAGGUAACUACACCCUGUGGGGGGAGGAAACUACACCCUGUGGGGGAGGAAACUACACCCUGUGGGGGAGGAAACUACACCCUGUGGGGGAGGAAACUACACCCUGUGGGGGAGGAAACUACACCCUGUGGGGGAGGAAACUACACCCUGUGGGGGAGGAAACUACACCCUGUGGGGGAGGAAACUACACCCUGUGGGGGAGGAAACUACACCCUGUGGGGGAGGAAACUACACCCUGGUUGGGGUGGGGGAGGAAACUACACCCUGUGGGGGUGGGGGAGGUAACUACACCCUGUGGGGGGGGUAACUACACCCUGUGGGGGGGGGGUAACUACACCCUGUGGGGGAGGGGGAGGUAACUACACCCCGUGGGGUGGGGGGAGGUAACUACAACCCUGUGGGGGUGGGGGAGGUAACUACACCCCGUGGGGGGUGGGGGAGGUAACUACACCCCGUGGGGGUGGGGGAGGUAACUACACCCCGUGGGGGUGGGGGGAGGUAACUACACCCUGUGGGGGAGGUAACUACACCCUGUGGGGGGAGGUAACUACACCCUGUGGGGGGGGUAACUACACCCGGUGGGGGAGGUAACUACACCCGGUGGGGGAGGUAACUACACCCUGUGGGGGAGGUAACUACACCCUGUGGGGGAGGUAACUACACCCUGUGGGGAGGGUAACUACACCCUGUGGGGGUGAGGGAGGUAACUACACCCUGUGGGGAGGGGGAGGUAACUACACCCUGUGGGGGAGGUAACUACACCCUUUUGGGGGUGGGGAGGUAACUACACCCUGUGGGGGGGGUAACUACACCCUGUGGGAGUAACUACACCCUGUGGGGAGGUAACUACACCCUGUGGGGGAGGUAAUACCCCCUUUGGGGGGGGAGGUAACUACACCCUGUUGGGGGGGUAAACUACACCCUGUGGGAGGGGGAGGUAACAAACACCCUGUGGGAGGGGGAGGUAACUACACCCUGUGGGAGGGGGAGGUUAACUACACCCCUGUGGGAGGGGGAGUAACCACCCUGUGGGAGGGGGAGGUAACUACACCCUGUGGGAGGGGGAGGUAACUACACCCUGUGGGAGGGGGAGGUAACUACACCCUGUGGGGGGGGGAGGUAACUACACCCUGUGGGAGGGGGAGGUAACUACACCCUGUGGGAGGGGAGGUAACUAAAAACCCUGUGGGAGGGGGGGUAACUACACCCGUGGGAGGGGGGUAACUACCCCCCUGGGGGGGGGAGGGGGAGGUAAACUACAACCCUGUGGGAGGGGGAGGGCGGGGGCUGUGUGUGGGCAAGGUAACCCUGGUGCUCACCUAUAGACCUUGUUGAAAAUAACAUAAUAUUGUCAGUGUACACACUGAUUGUGUUUGUGCUAUGAGUGUGUGUUUGCCUGUGUGUUUGUGUUAUGAGUGUGUGUUUGCCUGUGUGUUUGUGCUAUGAGUGUGUGUUUGCCUGUGUGUUUGUGCUAUGAGUGUGUUUUUGCCUGUGUGUUUGUGCUAUGAGUGUGUGUUUGCCUGUGUGUUUGUGCUAUGAGUGUGUUUUUGCCUGUGUGUUUGUGUUAUGAGUGUGUGUUUGCCUGUGUGUUUGUGCGUGUUCGUAUCUCACUCUCUCUCUCUCUCCAGGCUCCUCUGGUGUUCCAGAGACCUGUCUCUCCUCCAGCGGUGGGUCUUCUGUGGGUGGAGAUGCUGCGUUUUUAUUCGCUGGAGUUCAACAUGGCGGAGUGUGUCAUCAGCGUGCGUACCAGCCUCGUCUUAUCACGGGACGCCAAGGACUGGCCCAAGAAACGCAUUGCCGUGGAG